CACUAGUCCAAUAUGGAAGUGAAACGUGUUGACAACCGUUGUGCGCUCAAACAAUUUAGCAAAUAAAUAACUUCCAUCAAAUUUUCAUUUAAAUAUUUGUAUAUAAUGUCAACGGGCCGUGGUCGUGGCUACACUGGGCGGCAUCAGCUCCGUGAGCCGAGGCCCGGUGAUACUGACAGAGAGGAGGAAAAAGCAGUCCGGACACUUUCGGAACUUAGUCCCAGAGCUACUGUUUCCUAUUUCGACGCAGAUGCGAGCAGGGAGUCACAGAGCCGGGACAAGAGGGAGACCGAACAAGAUGAGAAACAGGACACCAAGACAAACACAGAUGAUGCAGUGCUCAGUGAAUUGCUGCACAUUGACGAGCAGUACACACCGUUGCUGACUUUGCUGGAACAGUUUUCUCCUGGUGAAGACGGUAUACAGUUCAAUAGGAAAUUGAGACACUUUGAGACAACCAUAUCUAGCAUGUGCCCUGACGAAACAAGACUUCAACAAGCGUUUGCAACGUUCAGAGCUGCCGCCCUAUUGAAUUCGGUGACGUGCCGCAAGCUGGCGGCUGUGGGUGCUUCGUUCACGAGACAACAAAGACAGCAGUUGCUACGAGCAUCCCUCCUCAAUGUAGUAAUGCAGGGAACGUUUUCUAAAUUAGAUGUGUUGGAACGAGCAAAUCCACAAUAUCUAGUUAACGCCGCCAACCUGAUGGGUGAUUAUUUUGCAGAGGCCAGACUAUGCAACGGCAACAAAGUCCACAUAUUGGCAAGUCCAUUACUGCAGUAUGUGAGGUCCUUGUUAGCCAGUGAUGACGUGAGAGCACAUCGGAGUCUCGCCACACAGUUGAUGCAAAAUGGACGCGAGCUAUUGACAGUGCUAGGACAGGAACUAGAAGACUUAUCAAUCUCUAUACGGCUUCGUUUGUUAACUCCACCACCUCCCAGCAUCAUAUGGCUGCUACUCUCCGCUGAUCUCUGCCUAAACAAAUUCUUACCUCUCCCCAAUACUCUACAGCAAUUCUAUGCAGCCCAUCUAGAAUUAUCAACAGACGAUACUUACAAUGAAGUCACAUAUGGAUCAUGGAAGGAAACUUCAGAGAAGGAAACAUUAGCGCAGAAUUUAUCUCAAGUCAUCCUAAAUGACGAUGCAAAACCCAAACUCAGACCAAUAUUAGGAGCCGGUGCUGGUCUCUUGAGACAGGAACAAGCAAUGUGUGUCAGUCAAGAUAACUUUGAUACGUGGACAACGAAGAAUAGUCUGAGUAAACGAUAUGAUUUAAACAGUUGGAGGCAGGCAGAAGAGGAAAAGAAAGACGAUGAACCAGUUUUCAAUCCAGCCGUUUUACCACCGAACUAUACAAAAUACCAGAACCAGUACAAACUCCCUGAUGACUAUUCAAACUAUCUGCAACAGGGUGACGGGAAUUACAUACAGAAUCAAUUGAACAAUGUUAAUUUCAAUGCUCAAGGUGAUUAUUUCACGGAAAUUAACAAUGAAAGACAAACUUAUGAGAAUGAAACUAAAAGUCAAAUUGAAGUGAGCGAGUCAGAUGUGGAACGCAAGACUGAAAGGGUCAACAAUGAAACCCAGAAAUCUAGCAGGAGGCCAGCUGAAAACUGGAGAAAAGAGAUAACUGAUAAUGAAGAUACAAACCAAAAUAGAAUGAAAAAUUGGAAGCAAAACAGCAAAGACGGUAUCAAUGAAGAAUACAAGGAGCGGUCAAUCUCUAGAAGCUCUAGGGACGGGAAGACAGGGCGAAGGGAUAGUGUUGAUACGGACUCGUCGGCUGGAAAGCCAGUGCGGAGAAAUGUUACAGAGGUACCCAGGAAUAAGAAAUAUUGGGACCACGAUGAUCGUUGUGACAAAGACUACAGUAGCUAGUAUAUGACUAUUGAGAAAAAUUAACAGUGAACUAUAAAAUUACAGUGGAAUAGUGGAAUAAAAAAUUUUAAAAAAAAACUUCUAGUAAAUUCCAAGUGAAACGUUAAGUGUAUCGCGAAACCAUAUAGAAAUGCAUUCGGUCUGCAUGAGAAAAUUCAAAUCGUUCCUUGGAUAUGUACAAUUGUGAGUUCUUUUCUAUUGUAUUAGUCUUAAGUAUUUAGGUUUAUAAUAAUAUAAAAUUAAGUGUCUCUUAGAGUUAAAUGAAUUAUGGUCUUUAUCCAAACACAAAAAUUUUUUGAGAAGAUAGACUUCUGUGAGUUUCGCAUUUGCUGACUGAAAUCAAUAGUGGUUCAAGUCAAAAUAUACCUAUAGCUAGUAAUAGCUAUAAGUUUCUGAUCAACAUGAAGCUAUAGAAGACUAUUUAAUCAAUUUACUCUUCCUCUAAAAUGAAAAAAAAACAUAGAUAUUUCUAUAUGUUUUUUUUUGGUGAUAUGCUCCGAUGAUAUGACUUAGUUUAGAAUACCGGGAUAUACUAUACAAACUGUUUAAGAAACAUAGCCACACAUAGCAGAUAGCAAUUUGUUUACAAGAGGCAAAUAUAUUAAAUAGAACAUGGUAAAUUAUGGGACAAUUUUAAUGUUGAUUAGUCAGUUUCUACUUAUAUGGGCAUUUUUUGGGAAGAUUUAAUCUAGUCUAUAUUUUAGACAGAUUUAGUUAGGCGACUAAUGGAGAUAGGGAACGCUAGCAUAUAACGGUAAAGAUAUUUGUGGGAAAUAUUAGCUGUUUUCUGAUUCAAUGUUUUGUGAAUUUCUAGAUAUAUACACUAAAGUAUUCACGUCACUACUUACUAGACUUAACUACUUAAGUAAAAGCUACUUAGUAAAAAAAAAGUAUUAUAAGAAAUGUUACGACAGAUUGCAAAGAUAGUAUGAAAUAACCGUAAUGAUGCAACUUUAUUGUUUCUAUACAAAUUUAUCUAGGUUCAAAUUACAGUGUUGUUACUAUUUUGUAAAUCUGCAAUCUUCCUUCAAGCAUCUAAUCACACAUGCAUACAUAGGAGCAGGAAAUAGGAGUGAUAUGUUGCACCCGAUUUGUGUGUGAGAAUAUUAAAGGCGUAAUGUUUAAAUUUUUUAUAUUUUUUAAAAUAAUACCAUACCAUAAAUUUAAAAUAAUAUUUUUAAAAUAAUUAUAACUUGUGCCACUAUAAAAUUAAGUCAGCAUAAUGUGUGCAUGUACAAAUAUUAACCACCGUUCGAUUUGGUUUACUGCAUUGCAUUAAUAAUGGCGUCCACAUGUAAUACUGUAUGUACCUAAAAUAUAGAGAUUUACUUGACAUAAUCUUUGCACAGAAAAAACAUUACUGUUCACAAGCUGACGUGCGAAGUCAAUGACCCCACGCUCAUAUUUGUCUAAUCUAAAGUCAGGCAUUACCUGAAAUUUUAAAUUUAAGUGGGUGCACUAAGGUCUAAAUUCCUAUAAAACCGAGGGCAUACUUAGAAAACUAUAUUUAUUAACUUUAAAAAACACUCAUCAUGUAUAUAUAAAUAAUUAGAAUCCGAGGUAAUUAAAAUUGAAUUUUUGAUAUCCGACUUUAUGCCUCUACUGAGCUUUAUUCUGAGUUUGACUAAUACACAGAUGUAUGUUUGUAAAUGUUCAUGCAGUAAUUUUUUGGUAAGCCAAAAAAAUUUCCCUCUAAUUAUUAAACAUGACAGCUGAUUCCUGUUAAUAGCUCAACAAACGGACGAAAUGUCCUGUUAAAUUAUUGUUUUAUUAAAUUGUUUAAUCUAGUAUUGUAGAAAUUGACCGACACCGCUCAUUAUUAAAUACUUAAUAUAAAAUUAGGGAUAGUUCUUUAAAUGUGCAAUUGAUAGUAAAAAAAAUAUCAUAUUAUGGCAAUUGUCAUAAAUCAAAACUGUGACAUGUUGUUUAAGGUAUAAAAACAUUAUAACUAAUUGAUUUUAAUAUAUUUAUUCAGAAUAAUAGAACUGACACUCCAAUAACCUGGUGAUACAUUACUCCUGUAUAACACAGAACGUAAUAUGAGUCAAAUGAGUAUGUUUAUUAAAUAAAUUUGACGCUGAAGAUAUCUGAAAGUCUGGUGAAGCCACAUGAGUGGGUACCAAAACCAUCCCUGGUUCUUCUGCUAAACAAUCAUGCCUUCGGUUUGAAGAUUGGGGCGGCCGGUGUACUAUACAAUUGUGAUUUAGACUUCAUGUCUCGAGGUGGAUUGGGAUUGUAUUGUUUAUGUCAAUGGGCUCCGGUAAUCACUUAACACCAGGUUGACCCAUAACUACAUUUGGACCUUGAACACUUAACAUAUAAGUGGGGCAGCUGUUGUAACUAUACUGAGAGACCUUAGAACUUAUAUCUGGGUGGAGCAUUUACGUUGUAGAUGUCUAUAGGCUCCAGUAGCCACUUAACACCAGAUGGGCUGUGAGCUCGUCCACCCACGUCUAAGCAAUAAAAUAAAAUAAAAAACAUGUGUACAUUUUGAGAUAGUAAAUGACUUGCUCAUUAGCAUCAUAUUUAGAGGUUUAACCGGCUGCGCUGAACAUGUGUGGUCUCAUGGCGCUAUUGCUUCACAGUGGCAAACGUGGGUAAGUUUGGCGGCUUCAAUUCAACAGUUAAGCUCUUUGAUGUGCCAAAAACUACCGUCAAAAUGCGAUAGGUUGCGACAGCACGUGCAUAUAUAUCUUUUAUAUCACUCACUCAGGAGCUACAUCUGUAGUAUAAACGACGUGUGAAUGGUUCUAUGUACAAUGUAUGUGCCACCAUUCAUUCGUUAAGACGUAUACUGCAAAUAAACGUGCAAGACCAUGGUCUUGUGGCCGAAUGUACUGCGGAACGCAGGGCUGACCCUAACGAUCUAGGGUUGGCGCGGACGCGUUUUAUUUCUAAAAAAAAGUAUUUGUAAUAAGUUAAGAAAUAUAAAUAUAAAAAAUAUAAAUAACAAGUUGGCACUAGUUGACUAGGAAAGGAAAUUUGAAAUUUAUGUGGAAGCGAUAAAUUAUUUUUUAACUAAAUUGAAUAGUGUAAAAACGCCUUUUGUAUAUAUAAAAAAUAUUAACGAUUAGUUAUAAUGCUUUUAGCGAGGAACAAAGCGCUCGUGUAGCGUAUGGACUGCGGCGGGUGUCUGAGUUUCGAUCUUGGGGAGUUAAAUUUUAAGGUAGAAAUUAGCUUAAGGACUACCGUUAGUGUGAUUUUUGGUGGAGUUAUCGCAAGUUAGCUAUUUCCCUCGGUUUCCAUUCAAGAAAUUUUCUCGUAGUUACAUUAUUUAUAGAGAGUAAGAUUGAGAAGCGUUAUUUUAAAAGGCACAAAAAAGUAAUUGUAAUUUUGAUAAAUUUUCCAAAAUUGUUAUUGUCUUCAAUCGUUCGAUUACAAUAAAGUGAGUUGAAUGGAGGUGACGUUGAGAGGGUUGGCGAA